UAAAGCUUUGGCAAAUUUCCUCCUCUAGUUCUAACUGACAAGGUACAGACUUUAAUUGCACGCUGACCCUUUCCAAAUGAGUUUAUAACUGAUGAAUCCAGAUGAUCUCAUAAGAAAACAAAUGAAAACAAGAAUGUGAGGAAGAAAUAGGACUAUCAAUAUCUUCUUUUUUUUAUUAGUGGUGAGUUGUUUUAUACAAUGAAAAUUAGUAUCUAGAUCAAAACUGAUUUUCUUUUUGCACAUAUAAAAUAAUAAUAAUAAAAAAAUGUGGAUGAUGAGGAGUUGGAUAGAGCCAGUGGUGGCUGGAGCCCAGAUUGCUAGCUCAUUCUAUGAUACAGGACUGCUUUUUGUUGUCAAGAACCGCUACAACAACACUAACCAAUCAUCUAACAGCUCUAGUGAUGCCCUUCAGAGAGCCAUCUCAAACUUCUAUAUAUACUAUAACCUGAUACUGGGGCUGACCCCGUUGCUAUCUGCCUACAUUCUGGCAAAAAUUGGUGAUAAAUACAACAGGAAGGUGACUAUAUGUGUUCCUCUAGCAGGAUACCUCUUAUCCAGACUGCUUCUUCUCUUUGUGAUUCUCCUGGACUGGCCCAUAGAGGUGAUGUAUGGUUCUGCUGCUUUGAAUGGUAUAACAGGCUGGUUUACAGCUUACUGGGCUGGUAUCAUGGCAUUAGCAUCACUGGGAUCUUCUGAAAACAAACGGUCUCUUAGACUUGUUAUUAUUGAAAUGGUGUAUGGGCUGGCGGGAUUUGUUGGCAGCUUAGCAUCUGGACAUAUCUUUAUUCGUUUUAACGUUACAAAUCACGAGGGAACUGUCCUUGUUUCCUGCAGCAUUGCCCUUUAUGCCAUUUGCCUCUUCUACAGUGUUUUUGUUUUGCAAAUUCCACAUACUGCAGUAGCAGAUCAGGAUACAACCGCUAGUGUAAGGCAAGAGGGUACUUCCAGCACUGGACCCACAGAGCGAUCAAGACUUCUGGGUAAUGUAUCUGAUGAACGACUGACGACGGACUCAAGCAUCAUAACUCAGCUCCCAUCCAAGGUCAUCAUUGCUCUUCUCUUUACCAGUGCCAUCCUUUACAAUGUCGCUAUUGAUGGCUCAGUGGAUGUGCUUAACCUUUUUUUACUUAGAGAACCCCUAAGUUGGGGUCCAGUGGAGAUUGGUUAUGGCAGUGCUGCUGGCUAUCUAAUAUUCCUCACCAGCUUCCUUGGGGUAUAUUUCUUCUCUAAGUGCCUUCCAGAUUUAGUGAUGAUUAUUAUUGGCAUUGUGUCUUUUUGCGUUGGCAUAUUUACCAUGGCCUUUGUGAGAUGGACCUUCAUGUUUUACAUAGCUCGGGCUUUGAUGAUGUUUGCUCUGAUACCUCUACCAACCAUCCGUUCCUUGUUAUCAAAACAUGUGCAAGGGUCUUCAUAUGGUAAAAUCUUUGUUAUACUACAGCUGUGUUUAGCAGUCUCUGCAGUGAUCACAUCAAUUGCAUUUAACAAGAUUUAUCAAGCUACAUUAGACAUGUUCAGUGGAUUCUGCUUUAUACUGUCUGGCAUAAUUACUAUACUGAGCCUUGUCCCUGUCAGCAUUCUGACAUAUCUGCAUCUAUCAAGACGUCAGCGCACCAUCUAACGAAGAAUUUGUGGGAGAGUCUUAAACUUUUUUCUAUUAUUUUUUUAAGCUUUAAAUUAGAUAAUUUUGUGUAUGUAUUUUUUAUAUAUCUUAUACAUUUGUUUGUAAUGUCUUUAGCUGUUUGUGUCCUUUAACAAUAUGUUACAAAAGCAGUUAAUAGCAUGUAAAUAUGUUUAUUUUAUUCUAUCUUACACAUAAAUUUAGGGUUUCUAUGCUUCAAAUCAGAAUUCUAACUACUAUGUAUGUUUUGGAAUUAAUUCUAUUGCAGUCCAUGAGGAGGGAGAGAAAGUAAAAGAGAGAGAGAGAGAUAGAGACCUAGAGGCCCAUUUAUCAAAUGUCUGUCGGACCUGAUCCGACAGUGCGGAUCAGGUCCAACAGACAUCGCUGAAUGCGGAGAGCAAUAUGUUGUCCGUAUUCAGCAUUGCACCGGCAGCUCACAAGAGCUGCUGGUGCAACGCCAACCCCUGCAGACUCGCGGCCAAUCGGCCGCCAGCAGGGGGUGUCAAUCAACCCGAUCGUACUCGAUCGGGUUGAAUUGCAGCGAUUCCUGUCCGCCUCAUCAGAGCAGGCGGACAGGGUUAUGGAGCAGCAGUCUUUAGACCGCUGCUUCAUUCGGAGCUUGAUAAAUGGGCCUCUUAGUUUCCAUUGAGGUGGUAACUUUUACGGAGAUAAAUAUUUUUAGCACCAGUUUUCAAAAUUUACCACCUCAAUGGAAUUGAACCCAGAGAGAGGAGAGAGAGAAAAGAGUGAGAGGAAAUGUAAAAAAGAGAAACGACAUAAAGAGAGAGAGAGAGAGAGAGAGAGAGAGAGAAAAUAAAGAAUACAUUUGGUCCAAGUAUGGUUAAAAUUUUUCACUUUCUGGUACAACUUUAACAUUGAAUUUUGAAGCUAAAUUGUAAAUAAAAUGUAAUGUUACUGUGCAUAUUAAAUUUGUUUUUUUCCAGUUACAUAAUUUAAAUUCA